GCGCGGGGCGCGGGGCGGGCGCGGGGGCGCGCGGCGGCGGCGCGUUCCGUUCCGGGCCGAGGCUCGCGGCUGAAAAGUUGCGGGGCAGAGAGGAGCGGCCCCGGGACGGGCAGCUAGCGCGACGCCGAGCCGGCACCCGGCGCCCGUGGUCGGGCCAUGGACGACCUCGACGCCCUGCUGGCGGACUUGGAGUCCACCACCUCCCACAUCUCCAAACGGCCCGUGUUCUUGUCAGAGGAGACCCCCUACUCAUACCCAACUGGAAACCACACAUACCAGGAGAUUGCCGUGCCACCCCCUGUGCCCCCACCCCCGUCCAGCGAGGCCCUUAAUGGCACGAUCCUUGACCCCUUAGACCAGUGGCAGCCCAGCGGCUCUCGAUUCAUCCACCAGCAGCCUCAGUCCUCGUCACCUGUGUACGGCUCCAGUGCCAAAACUUCCAGUGCCUCUAACCCUCAGGACGGUGUCGGCUCUCCGUGCUCCCGAGUGGGUGAGGAGGAGCACGUCUACAGCUUCCCCAACAAGCAGAAAUCAGCCGAGCCUUCACCCACUGUAAUGAGCACCUCCUUGGGCAGCAACCUUUCAGAGCUCGACCGCCUGCUGCUGGAACUGAAUGCCGUGCAGCAUAACUCGCCAGGCUUCCCUGCAGAUGAGGCCAACUCAAGCCCCCCGCUUCCUGGGGCCCUGAGCCCCCACUAUGGUGUCCCAGAGAAUAACAGCCCACUGGGGGGCAAAGCUGGGCCCCUGACGAAAGAGAAGCCUAAGCGGAAUGGGGGCCGGGGCCUGGAGGACGUGCGGCCCAGUGUGGAGAGUCUCUUGGAUGAACUGGAGAGCUCCGUGCCCAGCCCUGUCCCUGCCAUCACUGUGAACCAGGGAGAGAUGAGCAGCCCGCAGCGCGUCACCUCCAGCCAGCAGCAGACACGAAUCUCGGCCUCCUCGGCCACCAGGGAGCUGGACGAGCUGAUGGCUUCGCUGUCGGAUUUCAAGACCAGCUCCUCCACAGUGCCUCUGAGCGCCCCGGGGCUGCUGCCCAGCCCUGCUCCGUCCUCACACAGCUCCCUUCCUCCUUCUCCUUCUCCUCCUCCUCCCAUGCCAUCUGUAUUCCUGCCACCCACCACUAAACCCUCCCCUCGAGGCCAGGGCCACACUCCGGAGUCCCCUUGUACUGAGCAGAGUGGACGAGGCCUUCUACCUCCUGUGGCCCCCAGCUGGCUUGAUUUGGCUGGUCUUGGGGUGAUGCCUGGCACCCUCAACUCAAGGUCUCCCUCUGUGGAGGGUUCUCUGGGGCCAGUGGGCACAAAGAGCCAGGGCCGAGAUUGGAGGCACCUGCCGAACCUCACAAGUGAGCUCUCUGGGGCUCCUCGCUGCCACACUGUACCCCUUCCUGGGAGCACAGGUGCCCAGGAGCCUGGGGAGCCCCAGAGCCCAUCAGCUAGCCCUUCAUGCUCAGAGGAGGCGGUGACAGCCACAUGGGAGAAGCCAUGGGCUUCGGAGGUAUUCAAGCCUGAGAGAAUCCCCCCAUGUGGAGCUGCUCAAAGCUUCCAAGAAGUAACAGAGCCAGCUGUUGUGGCAGUGGACCGGCAGGCCAUCUUCCCAGAGACCUGGACUCUCACAAAGGAACACGGCCUACAGCAGGAGGGGCCGAGGCCAGAGUCAGGGAGGCUGCGAAGCAGCUGCCCUGCCCCAGUUACCAGGGAGCAGCUAGGUGGAAAGAUGCCUGAGAAGGGAAGCGUGGCCAGGCCCACCCAGGGACCUGAGACCCAAAGGAGCCCAGAGGGUGCCACCGAAGCUGCCACCCAGGCCGGGAAGGAACAGCCACAGCUUCUGUGUGCCAUGGCCACAGGCACACCCAGCGCCACAGAGAGGAUUUCCACCUCUGGCCAGAUCCGAUCUGUGAUCAGGAGGAGCCGGGAGACGGGCCAUGCACACCCCAUGUCCCGGGAGCCCUCCCCUCGCCGCCGGCUGGACCCUGCCACCCUGAGCAGGACCCCAUCCCAGGAACGGCUCAUCGCGGAGCUGCAGGGGCGGCUGGGCAUCCAGCCUGAGGCAGAGGAGCCAGCGGAGGCAGCGGGGCUCUCUGCCCAGGACUGGCUGACCGAAGGCGUCGUCAUCACUGUGCAGCCUCGUGGGAAGCGGGCUGGGGGGCAACUUGUAGAGAAGGUGGUGUGGAGAUGCCCAGGGCCGGGGCUGGGCCAGGGCCAGGCACCCUGGGUCCAGGUUCUUCCCUGGCCCCAGUGCUGGCCAGAGGGGAGGGUGGGGGUUUCUUGCUUCUGUGAACUUGGAAGACUGACCCCACUCUUGGUGCAGAGUGGGAAGGCCCAGGGGGAGCCCGGGGAGGUCACUCCGUCCCCGCGGGCUGAGCUGGUGAUUUCCCCCUCAUUGCUCUCCCUCCUUUCUUCUCCCCAGGUUGUCUUCCCUCCUGGCUCUCCCAUUCCCUUGAGAAGAACCAUCUCUGUCCUGGCUUCUCCUUCUGUCCCUUUGCUCCAGCAUCACACAGACGCCGAGGCCAGCAGCUCUUCUCCCCUGUCCAGCCUGCCCACUCCCUCCUCCCUGGGACCCUCAGCUUGCAUCUGUGAUUCUUCUGGGGUUCGGAGUGCAGGGGAAGAGCACCAUGAUGAGGGGGUGCAGGGCCCCACCCUUCCCACUCCUGUACCCCAUACCGUGAGGUCCGUGGGCUGCCAGACGGACGAGGACCCGCUCUUCCCCCCAGUGCAGAUCCAGGGCCUGGAGCAAAAAGCGGAUGGGGAGCUGUGCUGGGCGGCCGGCUGGCCUCGGGACAGCGGGCGGAGCAGCCCUGGAGGGCAGGAUGAGGGAGGGUUCAUGACCCAGGGGAAGACAGGGAGCAGUUCACCUCCUGGGGGGGCCCCGAAGCCCGGGAGCCAGCUAGACAGCAUGCUGGGGAGCCUGCAGUCCGACCUGAACAAGCUGGGGGUUGCCACAGUUGCCAAAGGAGUCUGCGGGGCCUGCAAGAAGCCCAUCGCCGGGCAGGUUGUGACCGCCAUGGGGAAAACGUGGCACCCUGAGCACUUCGUCUGCACCCACUGCCAGGAGGAGAUUGGAUCCCGGAACUUCUUCGAGCGGGAUGGACAGCCCUACUGUGAAAAGGACUACCACAACCUCUUCUCCCCGCGCUGCUACUACUGCAACGGCCCCAUCCUGGAUAAAGUGGUGACAGCCCUUGACCGGACGUGGCACCCUGAACACUUCUUCUGUGCCCAGUGUGGAGCCUUCUUCGGUCCUGAAGGGUUUCACGAGAAGGACGGCAAGGCCUACUGCCGCAAGGACUACUUCGACAUGUUCGCGCCCAAGUGUGGCGGCUGUGCCCGGGCCAUCCUGGAGAACUACAUCUCGGCCCUCAACACGCUGUGGCAUCCCGAGUGCUUCGUGUGCCGGGAAUGCUUCACGCCAUUCAUCAACGGCAGCUUCUUCGAGCACGACGGGCAGCCCUACUGUGAGGUGCACUACCACGAGCGGCGGGGCUCGCUGUGCUCCGGCUGCCAGAAGCCCAUCACCGGCCGCUGCAUCACCGCCAUGGCCAAGAAGUUCCACCCCGAGCACUUCGUCUGUGCCUUCUGCCUCAAGCAGCUCAACAAGGGCACCUUUAAGGAGCAGAACGACAAGCCUUACUGUCAGAACUGCUUCCUCAAGCUCUUCUGCUAGGCGCCCUGUCCCUGUCUCUGCCCCGCCUCCCCAGCCAGCAUCCCCAACUGCUACUGUGACCCAGAGACCUCGCCCUGGGGUGAAGGGGUAAACCCGACCGAAACUGGAACCCUCCUGUCCAUGGCUGGUGCAGGAUGGACAGAGGGCCGUGAGGGGUCUCCCUGCUUGUCUUCACCCUUGCUGGAACCUCUGGGCCCCCUCCUUCCUCCUGCAACUCUCCCCAGGCCGCUCACUCUCCAUCCUCCCCAGGGUUGGAGGCUGGGGGGCCCCACCCCAGCCCACGUAUGUUCCCAUGAACUGGCCUGGCCAGCACCCCACACUGGAGCCAUCUCUUCCUCAUAUUUCAGCAGUGCAGCCAGGGGCGGGGGACAGGGAAGGGCAGGCCGGGUCUGUUGGGGUCUCUUUGUAUCCUUAUUUCUCCCCCCACCCCGACCUAACUGUCUUUGUUCUGUGAGUACUGGGGGACACCCGGCUCCCUCCAGACAAUGCCAGCAUAAAUCCAUCCAUCCGAACCUAAGGGGCCACGGAAGGUUCUCUGUGCUCCUCCUCCCCUUCCAGUGCCCUAGGCCUGGACGACCGCCCCUGCCUUUACCCGCCCUCCCCUUUUAUACCCGCUCUGGUUCUACUGAGAAAAGCCUCUCCAGCAAUAAUGUUUUAUAGUCACUUCCUCCGUCUCCAGGAUGGCAUGCCUGGACACUGUACGGACUUUGAUAGAUUUCUACACUGAGGUUUGAAUUCAUAUCGCCUGAGUUGCUUUUACUUCUGUAUACAAAAUGAUUUUGAAGAGAUUUUAAAGACGUUCCCUUUUGUAUUCUCCUUGUCCACCGCCACCGGGCCUGUCGCUGACGGUGGCCUUGGUGUGGAGCUGGCUUUGUACUGAGGGCUGGGGUGGGAAAGCAAUUUGUAUUUUAUGUUUUUUUGGCACAAGCAGGUGAACUGGGAGCAGCUCUGACUCCUGCUCUUUCACUUCACAGCUCACCAGGACUGUUUUAUAAACUGCUGUAUUUGGAAGCCCCUUCUGACUUCCCAGGCCAGCAAGCUCUUCACUGAAACUGGUUGAAGAGUGUCUCACCCUUUUGGGGCUGGAAUUCUGAACCUCAUCUAUUCUGUCUCUGCAGGAGAAGGGGAAAGUCUGUUCUGGGGGGCUGCUUCCUGUCUGAGUAAGCCCUCAGGAGCCUCUGCUCCCCCGUGAACCCCUGAACCUUCUCAGCCUCUACCGCUUCUCUGGGGCUCUCUUCUGCCUUCUCAGGAAAGCGGGUGUCUGAUUUUGGCCGUCAGGACUCUGACGUCUCAUUGGUCUUGUUGAUUUCCUCUGGGCAUAUCCCUUCCCCAGAUGUGCUCUCUCGGGAGCCUGGGUCUGUCUCCUCCCCAUUCACUUGUGGGAUCGGCACCCAGGGGGUCUGGAAAGAAGGUCAUAAGGGAGUGUGAUAGGAUUUGGGGCAGACGGACAAACUCCUCUGGGGAAACCCCCGGAGUUCCUGACUGAGGAUGAAAGAGGAGCCCGGCCUUAGGCUCCUGAUCAAGAGAAAGGGGCCCCACCGGGGUCUCACGGGGAGAGUCCAGACCACUCCACUGGCCUCCUGGCAGAAGCCAAGUGUGCUGGGGUCUCAGAAGAGGGUCCCUCUUUUGUGGUUGUGGGGAGGUCAGCCUGGCCCCUCCGGAGGUUUCCACUUCUACCCACAGGCCUUACCGCUCUGUUUACAGUGACCUGCCCUAGACCUUCCCCAAGAGGGACUGGGGUUUCUGGGGUCCACUCCCUGAGUCAAUGGUUAUUUGAAAAUUUGAUUUUCAUUUUAUCUUUUUCUCUGUAAACAUCUAACCUGGCUUUUCCCAUUUCAGUUCCUGUGAUUUAUGCCAAUAAAGUUUGCCAUGAUUUUCA